AUCUCCUAUUCCAAAUAUUAUUAGCAUCAUGUUAACUAUAGUUCACCUCAAGUUCUGAAGGGGUGGUUACCUCAUGAACUUACAGGGCAUGUACUCAAAUGUAUCUAUCACUCCCUCUAUCUGUUUCAAGACUGAAUUUCAAAGUGAAACUUUUUUUUUCCCUUCCCUUGAUUCAUAAUCAUUCCGAAUCGGAAACUCAACUCAACUGUGAAAACCUUCAUCACAUUACACAACUUUAAUCAUGAGUUUACCAUGAUAAUUCAACAACUGAUAACCACCAUGAAAAAUAUUCAUCUAUCGAAACUUUAACUUAAUUUUAUGGAAAAACUAAAAAACUUUGCUCAGGUGAUUCUUUUGACAUUCUAAUAUGUUUUAAUCGUGAUGAUUAGUCAUUAGUGAUUAGUAAUGAUCAAUAUCCAGUGAUUAUUGUGCAAUUAGCAAAUGGGACUUGAUGUUAUCAUGAUUAUCAGGAUGAAAUUUGAAAUCAACUCUAAACACAACAAUAAUCAUCGACAUCACUGUUAACACCAUGAGUGGAUUUAUUAUUUUAAUUAACCUCAAAUUAAUUAUCAUACCAUUAUUAAUGCUCAUUAAAGCUCUGGAAUCAGUUAAUAUAACUGAAUUUAAAGUGCCCGAGAUUGUGAAUCAUGGUUCUGAUGCUGAACUCUCAUGUAAAUAUAAUCUGACUCGAGGUGAAGUUCUGUAUACAAUCAAAUGGUACAAAGAAGAGAAUGAAUUUUAUCGGUAUGAACCAAAGGAAAAGAGGCAAGUUUUAUACUUUCCAGUGCCCGGAAUUAAUAUCGAUAGAGAAAGGUCAAAUUAUACCAGGAUCGUCCUUCGUGAGGUCAACAAUCAAACGAGCGGCACUUUUGUCUGCGAGGUCUCAGUUGAUAUAAGCUUUAUCACCGCCAUGUCAGAGGCAAUGAUGCUGAUUAAAAGUAAUUCAAUAGGAUUUUUACCUUCCUGGUCAAUUUUGAUAGUGACCAUCCUGUUGUCAUCAUUUAUAUCAUCCUAAUAAUACAAGAUGAUCAAUCAAUCAAUCAAUUUAAAUAAACUAAUUAUGUUACUUGAAUGAUUAAUGAACAAAGACAGAAAAGAAAUUGUUAAUAAAAUAAAACUAAUUCAUAACCAAAUUAAUACACAAUUAAAAAUAAUUCAUUGGUCAACAUAUCACUGGACUUAACUGACCCAUGACUGAUUACACACACGAACAGACCAAGCGAAUACAAAUAAUUAACUAAUUAGCUAAUUUGUUACAAUCACGAUAAUAUAAAUGAUAUUAAAUUAUGAUAAUAAUAAUAAAAAUCAAACCUGAUUGAUAAUCAAAUGG